AUGUUAUUAAAUCGGAGAUAUACCAAAAUAUUUUAUAAGGGAUUAUAACAUACUCGAUAUGUAAUGCUUAUGUGUAGAGCAUAUUCUAUAUUCAAAUUCAUGAUGACUACUAUAUUUACACUUACGAUCAACUGCGAAAGAUGCGAGUUAACUAAUUGGAUGUUAGCAGUACUAUUUCAUUCUAUAAUUGCCUUUGUGUAUCAUACUUAUUUUGGGAUUCUCUUAAAUAAAAUAGUAAUGAAGUUACCAAUUUUAGUAAAUUGUAAUGUAAAUAGCUGAAAGACUAAACCAUAUGAUUUAAAUAGAAGGAGAGUAGAACUAUACAAUUGAAUUAUAAAAUUUUCAAUAUUAGAUAUGUGAAGAUCUAGAUCCAUAUUUAUAUUUAAGUUAAGAAGAGAUAGAUAGGAAGUCGAAAAUAUUGGCAGUAUAGAUUAGAUACGAACUAGUAUCUAAAUAUAAAUCAUUGAGAAUGAUGAGUAUCAUAAUAUUUUGGAUUACUCAGAUAUUAGUAGUUUGGGCUAUUAGAUUGUAGAUGUUUAAUCCUGAACAUCCUGAAUCUUAUUAUACAUGCUAUAGACAUGUAAAUACUUUCCAAUUAGCUUUCUUACUCUUGACUAUCUAUUAAUAUUUGGAUGUGUACAUCUUAAGUUUAUUAAUUAUAAUUGGUUUACCUUUCUUGAUACCUCUUAAAUUGUGGUAUAAAUUUAAAGAAACAAAAAAAAACUAUGAAAAUCAGUAAUCUAUUAAGGAACUGAAGAAGACAUGCCUUAUACUUUAUCACUUUUAGAAUAUAUAAGGAGAUUAAGAAUGUGGUAUUUGUAUGCAUGACUAUAUUAUUGAUGAAAAACUUCUUAUACUACCUUGUGAUCCAAAACAUCAUUUUCAUUUGUAAUGCAUUUAAGCAUGGUUAUUAAUCAACUCAACUUGUCCAAAAUGUAGAGCUAGCUUUCUCAGAUUUAACUAACAGCAGUAAUAAUAAUGA